UUGUUUCUCUCUCUUUCACAUGCCUUUGUUCUUACUCAUCCUCAAGACUCAAGUCUCGUCUUUUUCUAGGCCCUCUCACUCAUCAUCACACUCUCUCUCAGUGCAGAGAACAAAUUUACACGAAUUCGAAGCUUCUCCUCCAUAUCUCUCCGAUCUGUUUUGGAGAACUGUGAAACAUCAUAAAGUUUGGCAGAGAAAAAUAAGUUGGUGUCAGUCCAUCUCUGAGCUUUUCUAACGGCUUUGGACCCUUUGGUUGGUUCUAUGGCGGAGAAAAAACUUAACUUCGAUGCACCUCUUCUUUCAACAAGGAGGAUGAAGAAAUCAGCAAUCUCUGUACGCAGAAACAUGCCAAAGCAGCUCACUGAUGAGUCCAAGACAAGUGAAUCUCUUUCUGUUUCAGUUCUUGUCCAAGACAUGGGUUUAGAUCAGGUUCCAGAGUCUCCCUUGGAGGGUAAAGAUGUAGAAAAAGAAGCAGAAGAGAGUGAGGAUGAUGAUGUUUUCUCUGAUGCCCUUGAUACAUUGUCUCUAAAGCAUAGCAUAAGUGGUGGUGGUGGUGUUGAGGCAAUGAAACCGCCAAUGUCAUCUGAGGACCCUCAAUUCAUGUUGGAUCGUUUCUUACCUGCUGCGAAAUCCAUGACUGUGGAUCAACCACCUCAAUAUGCUUGGAAGCGACAACCAUUUCCCCUCAUGUCUGAAACAAUGAGACAGAUUAGAGAUAUAGUACCAGCAGAGAAUCGUGCAACUCCUACAAGGUAUGAGUCUAGUUUUACACCAUCUUAUUAUCAGGACAUAGAUGACGAAGAAAGCGAGGAGGAUUCAGAUGACGAUGAAGUUUCUGAGUAUCUUUCUAAGAGAGGCUGUGGGAUGAUGUCACCACAAAUCUGCUUUAAAAACUCACUGGGUAUGCUGAGCUCAGCGCAUGGUCUUAAGGAGAAACCUUUCUCCCUGAGAACCCCAAGCCAUGAUCAAGUGAAGUCAAGCAAGGUCGCUCAGCUCAAAUCGCGGUUCCAAUCUGUGAAAAAGCUAGCUCUUGAUUAUAAGCAAAAGUUGGGAAGUAUAGCUCAAUCUCCAGUGCACCCAAGUGUUGGGAAGAAGUUUAACUUUGGAUCUGAACAACUUGAAUCAAACCUGAGUUCUGCAAGUAGGCCAUCAUCUCCUUACAGACAAACUGGCUGUAUGUCACCGUAUCGAAGUGUAGGAAACAAUUCCCCUCUUCACCCUGCGGGUUUCCCUGGGACUCGUAAGGAAGCAGAGAUUCUGAGAGCUAACAGGUUGAACAAGCAUAUCAGAAACAUAACGAAGUCUCAGGAGUUACUCUAUCCAAAAAGUAAAAAACAAGACUGUUCAACAAGCUCUGCCUUGGAGAAGACAUUAUAUGUUGACACAGAGAAUUCUCCAGAGACCAGCAAUGAUCAGGGUAACUCGAAUGUCAAGAACUUGCCAGAAACAAUUUCAGAGGAACCUGAAAUGGAGGGAAAGAAACCGAAAGCCGCUCAUGAGCUUAAGGCUGUAGAAACUCUUAGUAUUAGCAGUGGAAUCAAGAUGGUGAAGGCAGAUGAGUUGGAAAAGAACAACAGUGGCUGUGAUCUGUCUCCACUUGCUCCGCCGCCACCCAAAAAGCCUUCGGAUUCUUGGCUUUUCAGUAAUCUGCCUUCAGUAAGCUCGAAGAUCCCUUCACGGAGAUAUCUGUUUCAUCCCCAAAAAAAGAAUGUCGAAGAAAACUCCACAAGUAUUACCAAGUGGGAAACUAUAGUCAAGACUUCUUAUACACACAGAGAUCACAUACGCUAUUCUGAAGAACUCGUUGCUCGUUCAUCCUGCCAAUCAAAAACUUAGCUGUUUGUAAGCUUCCCUUGGGAUGGAUCAUCACGUUGAAUUACAACUUCACCGGCGUAAGAAAACUACAGUUUCUUUUGUGACCCUUAGAACACUUAACUCUUAAUCCCUCAGAUUGAUUUACAUGUGUAGUUAUACUUUCAUAUCUGUGUGUUGCCUACUUAGCUAAUAAGAAGAACAUUUGUUCCCAGUAAAUGCUAUGUUCACAU